UAUUAAUUGAUGUCGUAUCGUGGAUAGCGCGAUAAACAGGAAGUCUUCCCGAGUACCCAGCCCUGUGUGCCCGUGAACAAGAGCCGUAUUCUCAGAUGACUCCUUUUAUUCUUUAUGUCAAAUAUCGAAUCAAUUCUAUCCGACUAUGUCAAGAAUGACCGUUGGAUUGCAUCGACUGAUGCAAAUUUCCAGAUAAAUUGAAGCACGCAAAUUUGAGUAGAUAAGAGGUUGCUCUGACGCAAUAUUCCAUCACAGACAAUCGGAUUGUAUAGUAUCUCUUGCAGCUAGGGUUUUACCGUUGCAAAUUCAAACAAAAGAUGUAAUGAGAUGAGAGUCCGUAUCAAGUGAAUGGGACCUACCCUAGAAAUAUAAAAUAAAUAAAGAUCUGUAGCAGAGCAUGCAGUAAUAAUGCUUGCAGAGGCUUCUGGAGCUAGUACUGGCGUUCCUCAUUCAUGGCGACCCUUGCUUCUUUCUGUGGCUGGGCUCGUAUUUUGGCUUUGGUUUUGCUGGUGAAUGGCUGCAGAGGGGCGAAUGGGGUCGCUAAAGAAUCAGACAAAGUAGCAAGCUUGCCAGGCCAACCGCCCGUAGACUUUGCUCAAUAUGCUGGAUAUGUGAGUAUUAAUGAGAGGAAGGCUUUAUUUUACUGGUUCUUCGAAGCCGCCACAAAUCCAUCAGAAAAGCCUCUUGUUCUUUGGUUGAAUGGAGGACCUGGCUGUUCGUCCGUUGGCUACGGUGCGGCGUUGGAAUUGGGGCCAUUUAAAGUACAGAAGAAUGUACCAUCGCUGCGUUUAAACCCAUAUUCUUGGAACAAAGAGGCAAACAUGCUAUUUUUGGAAGCACCUGUUGGAGUUGGUUUUUCCUACACAAACAAGUCCUCAGAUUUAAAAGAACUUGGAGACAGGAUUACAGCUGAGGAUUCCUAUUCAUUCCUAGUAAAUUGGUUCCAAAGGUUUCCAGAGUAUAAAUCUCGUGAGUUUUACAUUGCUGGCGAAAGUUAUGCAGGUCACUAUGUGCCUCAGCUCGCAGAAGUGAUAUAUGACAGCAACAAAAACACAAGCAAGGAUAAGGUCAUUAAUUUGGAAGGUUUCAUGGUAGGAAAUGCAGUGAUGGACGAGGAGAAUGACGAGAACGGUUUGAUAGAUUAUGCUUGGAGUCAUGCAGUCAUUUCAGACGAAGAUUAUCAUAGUUUAAAGAACUGCAUUUCGAAACCAGAUAACCAGUUCUCCUGUAAAAGUGCUAUCAGAAACUUCGCCAAAAGUUACUCGGAAAUCGAUAUUUAUAGUUUGUACACGCCUGUUUGUGUGGAAGAACUUGAUAAAAAACCAAGACGACUUGUGUCAGGCCCCAAGGCCCUUUCUAUACAUGACCUGUGGCACCAAUUGCCUUCGGGAUAUGAUCCUUGCACGGAAGAAUAUGCAGAGAAAUAUUUCAAUAGAGAGGACGUGCAAAGAGCCUUGCAUGCAAACACAACCAAAAUUUCUUAUCCCUGGACGCUGUGCAGUGAGGUCAUCAAUUGGAACGAUUCUCCUUCUUCUGUUUUGCCCAUUUACAGAAAGCUCAUUAAAGGCGGCUUACGCAUAUGGGUGUACAGUGGUGAUACUGAUGGAAGGGUUCCAGUAACUUCAACCCGGUAUAGCCUGAAUGCUCUGGGGCUCAAGAUAAAGGAAGAAUGGAGCGCUUGGUUCUGCAGCCAGCAGGUGGGAGGAUGGACUGUUGGUUAUGAAGGGCUUAAAUUUCUGACAGUGAGAGGAGCAGGGCACCAAGUGCCCACUUUCACUCCCAAACGAGCUCUCUCAGUUUUCAAGCAUUUCCUGUCAGGCAUGCCUUUGCCCAAUUUAAGAUCUGCUAGUUAGCAAUUAGACAUAGCCGAUGCUGUCACAUGCCCUUUGAUUACAUUUUUUCCAUCUAUGAAAUUUAAGGAAUGUUUAUGGUAGCCUAGUUGUUUUCAUUGCUAUUCUUUCAACGAGCUAAAUUUAUUGGCCUGGGAUCCCUUCAUUAUGAAUAAAUAGCUCCAUUGGCUUAAGAUGAAUCCCGAAAACGCAGCGUUACAAGGAAAAACUAAUAAAAAAAGCUUCUACCGUAUUCUUCA